CCUUCCGUCUACCGCCGGAUAUCUUCCCUUCCCUACUUACCCAAGGUCAGCCUCAACUGCAUGUAUUCUUGCCUUGCCAAGGUUCAUGUAUCCAGGGAUCCAUCCGUUCGCUCCCAGAUGUCUCCCCUUCCCCACUUACCCAAGGUCAGCCUCAACUGCAUGUAUUCUUGCCAUCCCAGGUUCAUGUAUCCAGGAAUCCAUCCGUUCGCUCCCGGAUGUCUCCCCUUCCCCACUUACCCAAGGUCAGCCUCAACGACAACCUUCCCCAAGUUCAUGUAUCCCGGGUGUCUUCCCUUCCCCAUUUCCCUAAGAUCGGCGGUGCCUUCGCCGGAUCAGUGUCUCCAGGAAUCCACUUAUGUCACCUCAGGUGAACUCCCUUCCCCACUUCCCCAAGGUCAGCGGUAUUCUUGCCGUCCGCAGGAUCUUGUAUCCAGGAAUCCUUCCGUCUACCGCCGGAUAUCUUCCCUUCCCCACUUACCCAAGGUCAGCCUCAACUGCAUGUAUUCUUGCCUUGCUCAGGUUCAUGUAUCCAGGAAUCCAUCUGCUCGCUCCGGAUGUCUUCCCUACCCCAUUUCCCUAAGGUCGGCGGUGCCUUCCCCGGAUCAGUGUCUCCAGGAGUCCACUUAUGUCACCUGAGUGGACUCCCUUUCCCACUUCCC